AUGAACCCUUUCAAGUCUUUUUUGUCAACAAGUGUACUGUUACUUUCGCUUCAACUUUCUUUUACUAAUGCAGUUGACGUAACAAGAGACGUGGUUGUUAAAAACCAAACUAUUUUAAAUUAUUUAUCCAAUGAGUCAAUUACUAUUGCUGAGGGAAACAGCUUGCAACUGUUCGAUGGACCAGAUAUUACUUUAAACGGUGAUUUGACUAUUGAUGGUACUUUGUGUGUCGGAAGUUAUACAGUUCCAAAUUUGGCAAUUACCUUUGACACCGGUACAGUGAUAAAUCAUGGAAAUUUAUUUUCAUGGAAUACUGCCGCAACUGCAGGAGACACAUACAUAUUCAGCAAUUUAUAUAACUACGGUACUAUGGUAAUGGGAAGUAAUAUGUUAUUGGGUUUGAGUGCGGUGGUAAAGGUAAAGGGUACCUUUGUCAAUGAGGGUAAAAUUAUUGUUUCGAGCGCUAUGGGUUUAAAUUUCAGUGAUGUCGCCUCAAGCGUUACUAAUUCUGGUUCCAUUGAAAUUGAUGGAGGUUUUGCAAGUAUAAAUGUUCCAAUGACGGGUGGUGGUUGUAUUUUUUCAGCUGGUGAAAUCGCAAUUGAUUAUUCAAAUCCUGUCGAUCAAACAAUUUUGAUACUCAAUGGUGAUGGGCAACCUAUUCAAUUGACUGGUUUAAGCGCUGGGGGCCAAAUUCCAAAAAUUAGAAUUCCAUCAGGUUAUAAGCUACCUUAUUUCUUAAUGGAGACAGCCCCAACAGGAAACCUUACAUACGAUGCUACAACUGGUAUACUAACCUACCCACCGUAUCAAAUAGACAUGGGUUUAGGGUACCCAACUGCUGGAUGGAAGCUUUCAACCGUACGAUGUUCAACCCCUGAUAAUACUGUCCUCCCUUGUUUUCUUCCACCAGAACAAACUUCGUCCCAGGCGUACCCAUCAAAUUGUGCCGUUAGUGAAUUUCCUGAUUAUUAUGAAUACUUUCAUUUUGAUACGGUUUGCCCUGGUACAGUUCCAGACUUGCCUGCACCAUACACAACUGCUGUAACGGCAUCCCACUCUUUGGUUGAAGAAGUCAUCUUCUUCUAUGUUACCACAAGUACGGAUGGUUUACCAGUCACUGCUAACACCACAUCAACUAUUCAAUUAUCAAGCUCAAGUUCUUUCCUAAGUUCAAGCUCUAGUUUUAUAUUAAGUUCAAGUUCAAGUGCUCCUUCAAGUUCUAGUGCUGUGUCAAGUUCUAGUACAAUUUUUAGCUCUAGUUCUAGUUCUGGUUCUAGUUCUGGUUCUAGUUCAAGUUCAAGUGCUCCACUAACUUCUAGUGCUGCGUCAAGUUCAAGUUCAAGUUCAAUUUCAAGUAGUUCUUUGCACACCACUUCAACCAUCAGACCAAGUUCUAGCACUAAGAAAAGCUCAAGUUCGGCUUCGAAUUCUGUGUUCUCUUCUGAAGAAUCACCUACUAAGAAAACUUCAUCUACUACACAGAUUAGUAACUUUUCCAGUGAGCCAAACUCUGGCUCCAGCUCUGCUCCAGCUUCUAGUUCUGCUAAAGAAUCUAGCGCUGUCUCAGCUUCUAGUUCUGCUCCAGCUUCUAGUUCUGCUAAAGAAUCUAGCGCUGUCUCAGCUUCUAGUUCUGCUCCAGCUUCUAGUUCUGCUAAGGAAUCUAGCUCUGCCCCAGCUUCUAGUUCUGCUAAGGCUUCCAGCUCUGUUAAGGAAUCUAGCUCUGUCUUAGCUUCUAGUUCUGCUAGGGCUUCCAGUUCUGUUCCAGCUUCUAGUUCUGCUAAGGCUUCCGGCUCUGCUAAAGAAUCUAGCGCUGUCUCAGCUUCUAGUUCUGCUCGAGCUUCUAGUUCUGCUAAGGCUUCUAGUUCUGUUCCAGCUUCUAGUUCUGCUAAGGCUUCCAGCUCUGUUAAGGAAUCUAGCUCUGUCUUAGCUUCUAGUUCUGCUAAGGCUUCCAGCUCUGCUAAAGAAUCUAGCUCUGUCUCAGCUUCUAGUUCUGCUAAAGAAUCUAGCUCUGUCUUAGCUUCUAGUUCUGCUAGGGCUUCCAGUUCUGUUCCAGCUUCUAGUUCUGCUAAGGAAUCUAGCUCUGUCUCAGCUUCUACUUCUGCUCCAGCUUCCAGCUCUGCUAAAGAAUCUAGCUCUGCCCCAGCUUCUAGUUCUGCUAAGGCUUCCAGCUCUGUUAAGGAAUCUAGCUCUGUCUUAGCUUCUAGUUCUGCUAGGGCUUCCAGUUCUGUUCCAGCUUCUAGUUCUGCUAAGGCUUCCAGCUCUGCUAAAGAAUCUAGCGCUGUCUCAGCUUCUAGUUCUGCUCGAGCUUCUAGUUCUGCUAAGGCUUCUAGUUCUGUUCCAGCUUCUAGUUCUGCUAAGGCUUCCAGCUCUGUUAAGGAAUCUAGCUCUGUCUUAGCUUCUAGUUCUGCUAAGGCUUCCAGCUCUGCUAAAGAAUCUAGCUCUGUCUCAGCUUCUAGUUCUGCUAAAGAAUCUAGCUCUGUCUUAGCUUCUAGUUCUGCUAGGGCUUCCAGUUCUGUUCCAGCUUCUAGUUCUGCUAAGGAAUCUAGCUCUGUCUCAGCUUCUACUUCUGCUCCAGCUUCCAGCUCUGCUAAAGAAUCUAGCUCUGCUAAAGAAUCUAGCUCUGCCCCAGCUUCUAGUUCUGCUAAGGCUUCCAGCUCUGCUAAGGGCUCCAGUUCUGCUCCAGCUUCCAGUUCUGCUCCAGCUUCCAGUUCUGCUCCAGCUUCCAGUUCUGUUCCAGCUUCUAGUUCUGCUAAGGAAUCUAGCUCUGUCUCAGCUUCCAGUUCUGUUAUGUCCUCCAGCUCAGCUAAGGUAUCUAAUUCAGCUACCAAAUCUUAUGAAUCAAACAACUCUAUAUCUCAGUCGAGUGCUGGCAUUUCGGCUACUAUAACCUCAGCUUUUUCUCAAACUACUAGUGCAACAGAGGCGUUGUCAGCAAGCACAGAAACUACCGAGACUUGGAAGAUAAUUACGGUUACGGAAUAUGCAAGAACAAUCCAUACUUCUAGAUUUGUUUAUACACCAUGGACAGGCCUUGUCAACGUUACUGUAUCAAGUACUGUUAUCUCAAUAUUUGGGUCCGUUGCUAUUUAA